UCAUCACAUCGGUUUGAACGUUAAUUUUUAAAUUUAUUUUAUCAACAUCGAUUGAAUGAAUUUUUUGGUGUACUUAACUUAAAAUGUGUAAUACUCGUUUCGAAAUAAUUUAUUUAUACGACCAUAUUCAGAUUACAUGACAUCUUAUCGUGGUCGUACGAUUUUAAUCAUCUAAUUUAAUUAAGAUUCUUCAAAUUUGUGCUUCAGUCCAAGAGUUUUCGUUGGAAACGUAUUACUCAACUGUACGAUACCACCCAAAGAAAAAUGAUUCUUUUGAUCAGUUUCAUUGUGAUUGCAAUCGGGGUUUGUAUCGCCAUUUACAAAUCGGAAAAACCGGCGAAACAGAUUUUAGCCGAAGCCAAAUUCGAAAUCAUUUACGCCCUUAUCGGGUCUAAAUCGUUAUUCGAAGAUAUUUGGAUGAUUGGAAGGAACAAAACUGAAUUGCCCAAUAAAACUGGUAAAGUUGCUGUAAUUACUGGUGGUACAAAAGGUAUUGGAGCUGAAGUUGUAAGGAUGUUGUUGGAGUGUGAUUUAACGGUUGUUAUCGGAUGUAGAAAUCAAGAAGCCGGACAAUUAUUAAUUGAAAAAAUACGUGAAGAAGGAAUUUUAACUGGAGAUGUUAAUAUUCUUCCUUUAGAUGUUAGCUCAAUCGCUUCAGUGAAAAAAUUCGCUAAUCGAGUUUGUAAUGAUUAUCCAACCGUGGAUAUUCUAAUAAAUAAUGCUGGAAUUAUGUACGUUCCUUUCGAAGAAACUGAGGAUGGUUUUGAAUCUCAAGUUGGUGUAAAUUAUAUUGGCCAUUUUGUGUUGACACAUUUGUUGUUGGAAAAGUUAAAACAGAGUGGUGUUGAAGGAGCGAAAUCUAGAGUAAUUAACCUUUCCUCAAUUGCUCACGAAGCCGGAAUUGUUAGUUUCGACGAUUUCAACAGCAAAAAUGAGUACAUGUCUUUUGCUGCUUACGCCCAAUCAAAACUUGCGCAGCUAUUAUUUUCAAAUUAUUUAAAUAAAAUGAUGAAAGAAGAAGGAUUUAACGUGGAAUCGUUCGCUGUACACCCGGGAGUUGUUAAUACCGAUUUAUUUGAUGGAACUUAUAUUAAGAAGAUUACUCCGUGGGCUAUAGCUUUCUUUUUCAAAAGUCCAGAAAAAGGUGCUGUUCCAGUUGUUUUUGCAGCAGUUUCUCCAAAAGCUGAAGGUUUAGGCGGUAGUUAUAUCAGCAAUUGCGAACCAAAAUCUCCAAGUAAAACAGCUAGAGACGUAGAGCUUCAAGAAAAGCUUUUCAAUUUCACUUUGAAAAUGUUAAAUAUUAAGGAAUUUGGUAAAGUGGAGUAAGCUUCAUUUCUUUAGUACACACUUAUAAAAUUAUAAUCUUUAAUAAUUUUAAUUAUAUGUUUAUGGUAUUUUUAAUGAUGAUAAGAACACAGUUAUA